GUUACGAAAGCUUCAGCAUUGUAACAGGCAGCAUGUCUUACGGGACCUUGUUGUUUUUGUAGGUUAUAUUGAUGUUAGUACAAGUACAACAAAUUUAGUCGACAUUGUAGAAGCAUUACAGUAACCUGAGCGUUACUCAACAGGAAAGAAGACGAAGCCCUUCGUAGGUCUUCCGUGGUUUCAUGGAUUUAUAUUGUCAAUGCUAGCUGACAGCUAGCGGUUAGCUGGCGUGACAUUUCACCCGAGGUGUGCAGGAAAACUUCUCCGGUAACCCAGCCUUUCUACUGUAAACGGUAAGUGGCCACUGGAAGAAUAAACUUCAUCAUCACAAUGACAGCUCAGGAAGGAGAGGGAUGGGGAGGCGUUAAUCUGUCACCUCACCUGCACACGGAUGAGUGCAAUGAACUAAUAAGUCAUCUGAGGCAGUGCCACACAGAGCACAAUGUCAUGAAGUUCUUUGGCACGUGUAAUGAUGUGGACCGCGCAAUGCGUCAGUGCCUGAAGAAAGAGAGACUGGAAAAGCGGGAGCGCAGCAAGCAGCAUGCACAAGAGAUGAAAAGGAGGCUGAAAGAAGGGCCCAAGGAGCAUAUCUGAAGGACAUUUUACUGCAACUUUUCCACUGGCAGUGCAGUUUAGAAGUAUUCAGAUAUUGGGACAUUGGUUUAAGCAUGGCACUGUGUAACAUGCCUCCCCUGUUGUUUUUGUGUCAAGACAGAGGGAAGGUUGUAACUCUGUCUCUUUAAAUUCAGAGGCGUGUGUGUUAUAUCAGGAGUAACAGGUCUAAGUGUGAUUUGAUAGUGUACAUCAGCUACUUCAAGGUGCUGUUAUUAUUGUAUAUUAUUGCUUUACUAUUAUUUUGAUCUGUUGAGAGACACACACAACCACAGGUAAUUUAAAUGUCAGGAUCAUAUACCAGCAGUGACAAACCUGGAUUAGGUUGUACAGCUUAUUCUUGUAUUUACUAUGUAAUGAACCCUCCUACAACCUUCCAGAACAUUUUAGGUCAUCAUUAAAACAAUAACAUCUAGUACUUUAGAAUAAAAAUUGCUGCUGAUCCUCAUUAAUUCCCCCUAUAUUAGCAGUUUGUUACCACAUCAAAGAGAUCAGUGUAGCUGGUGGCAGAAGCCUUUCAUCCAACCAUUAUUUUAGUUGGCAGGACACCUCAGGAAUAUUCUGGUACCUGAAAGUGAUUUAUAAAAACAUGGAGAGUCCAUUUCAGGGUAUAAAAGAUGCAUAUAAAAACAAAAGAGAGACCUGUGGCUGUGUUACACUCAAUGUCAGUACACAGUACAUACAUAAUGAGUAUAGUCAUUUUGUUUGAAAGAUUAUUGGAAAGGAGAAAUUAUUGGUUCAUGAGAAGUUUGAUUCCAAAUAAAGAGAUACAAUCAGUUAA